AUGACGAUCACGACGACGACGACGACGCCAGGCAGGUUCUCGCUCGGCAUCUCGUCCGAGGAGAAGCUCUCCCUCCCUCUUGACAUUUUAAUCCAGAAUACCAAACAGCAACAAGCUCGAGCCAAAAAGACCCAUACUGGAGGCAAGAAGACCGAGAAGCAGCAGCGCUCGGACGCUCAAAAGAGCCACAAGCAGCAAAAUGUGAAGAAGACGGUGCUCGUGCCCGUAUCCAAAGCGGCACGCGCAAAAGCGUCUGCGAGCAUGGCCUCGGCCAAGAGACAGACUGUGAUUAACAAGCGGCGGACGGGACUUGUGCUGGCUGUGAAGAAGGGAAAAAAGGCUGUUCCAACUGUGCAGUUGCGGCCGCACAAGACGUCGGCGGUGCGCAAUUUGCAGGGGAAGGGGAAGAACGCGACAUGUGGAGGACUGGACGUGUCGAACAUUAUCAACCACUUUCGGUCGCACCCCAAGAAGUUCGACGUGCCAAAAGGCAGCAACCUUCGCAUUACCAUCAAUCUGAACAAUGUCAAGCCGGUUGUUGGCGGUCACAAGUAG